AUGGACUCCGCCGACACAAUCCCCGAGCAGGUGUGGGAUGGGAUUGAUCAAGUCGCGAGCACACCGUGGCUCUUUUGGUUAGUACUGGGGUUUGUGGGCAUUGUUGGCACUUUAGUCUCGCUCUACAUCCUCCUGUACUUCUUCGCUCCCGUACCACGACCGCCCAAACAGUCAGAAAAGCAGUUCAUCACCGUAACGAGCAACGGCCAGAUAUCAUCUCCUCAGCCCCUGCCAUGUUGGUACGACAAUCACGUUGCACUCAAAGAGAUGGCUCGAAAGAAGUUGAUACCACAAGAGGAAUCAUUCCAGGUAACGGAUGCGGAGGUGUUCAUGACACUGGUCGUGCCGGCGUUCAACGAAGAGAAGCGACUGAAUGGGAUGCUGGAAGAGGCUGUGGAGUAUCUGGAAGAGCAGUACGGACACCAUGGUACUCCUAGUAAGAGCAGCAGCAAUGGGUCAUUACAAGCAAGUGGGAGGCAAGGCGAUCCACAUCGAGGCUGGGAGAUCAUUCUCGUGAGCGACGGGUCCACCGACAAGACUGUCAAUGUGGCAUUGAACUUUGCCAGGACACACCAGUUGAACAAGCCACCACCAACGUACAAGGGACCUUGGGGAGCAUCGACGCGGCCGACGAACAUUCAGCCAGGGACUAUAAGAGUUGUGCAGCUUGAGGAGAACAGAGGCAAAGGAGGUGCUGUGACACAUGGCAUGAGGCAUGCGAGAGGAACGUACGUUGUCUUCGCGGAUGCCGAUGGAGCCAGCAAGUUCAGCGAUUUGGGCAAGCUUGUAAUCGCUUGUGAGAAAGCGAAGGACAAGCACGGACGGGCGGUCGGGGUCGGGUCAAGAGCACACAUGGUCGGCACAGAAGCCGUUGUGAAGCGCUCCGCCCUCCGCAACCUCCUCAUGCGCGGCUUUCACCUGGGGAUCUGGCUUCUGACAACGCCACGAACAGCAAAGAUCAGAGAUACACAGGCGGGCUUCAAGCUCUUCAGCCGAAACUCCCUGAGCUAUAUCAUCCCAUAUAUGCACUCAGAGGGUUGGAUCUUCGAUGUCGAAAUGUUGAUGCUGGCGGAGAGUGCGUAUAUACCCAUGGUGGAAGUGCCGAUCGGCUGGAAGGAGGUAGCCGGCAGCAAGUUGAACGUGAUCAAGGAUAGUAUCGGCAUGGCGAUUGGACUGGCGCUGCUGAGGGUGGCGUGGGGGAUAGGUAUAUAUCGACGAGAUUGA